UCUUACUUCAAAUAAAUAUUUAAAAAUUGCCAAUUUUUUUGCUCUGUGUGACAAAGAUAGGCGUUUUUUUUUAAAGUUACUAGGAUUUGUGUAUCAAAACUACAGUUAAAAAUGUUUAAAACAAAUAAAACUAUAAUAAUCAGACAAUUAUUAAUCUUUAUAUUGAUGACAUGUCGUAAAGAAGCUUAAUUUAGGGGUGUACAUUGUUACAAUGUAAGGGGUGUAGUCUCGGAACACCCCACAACAUAUUUUUAAAAAAGAGCAUGUUAUAAUUUAAUCAUAUAGUGAAGUGAAAUUUAACAUUAAUCAUGGCGAUGACAACACCAGCAUUGUAUUCAAGUUCGGCAGGUGUAAAUUCAUUACAAAGGUCUCAAAAUACACGGCAAUCAUCGAAUUAUUCGUUAAGUAUGACGAAUAAUGGUGGUGCACCUUCUUCUUCCAAUAAUCAUCAUCGUAAAUCUGCGGUUGAAUUACUUGCCGAGACAAAAGCAUUUUAUGUGAAAAGUGAAACCGUACGAGGACGUACACAAACUUUACCAUUAUUAUCGCAUAGCCGUAAUCGACAUCGAAAUGAGCGGGCAAAUUUACAAUCAAGCUUAUUAGUUAGUUCGGGAAUACGCGACACAUCAUCAUCCAUAAUUACAUCAUCAACGUUAAAUCGCCGAUCGACGGGUAGUACAACGUCAACAGCACAUCAAUCAAGUGCCGACAUGUUACAGAAUGCAUUACGAAAAUUAUUGGAUUGUGGAAGUCCUGUAACUAGUUUAGAAAAUGUCACAAAUCAAUCAUCAACCACUGCCUCAAAUGAUAUGAGUUUUGAUAUGGACUGUACUACACCAAUUAGUCCACCAGCCGAAUAUGCAUUUUGUACAAGCGCUAGUGAACGUCGAUACACAACACGCUCACUAUCCCAUUCACAGCCAGUAAGCGCAUCAAGUACACGUUCCGGUGAAAUACCAAAUCCACACGAGAAUGGAUGUUGUUCAGCGCAUUUAGUUGUAUUAGCGAAAAGUUUACCAGAUUUACAUACAGCUAGAAAUUUAAGUAGUUCCUUUGAAGGUUCACGUUCAAAUAAAUCAGCCACAUCGGAUGUAUUUUCAUUGAAUCGUGAUUCGGGUGGUGAUUCUAGUGGCCAUUUAACGCAUAAAAGUGAACCACCAAUGCCACGUCAACGGCAAACAACUUAUACAAGUAUUCCACCAAAUAUUGUCGAUAAACAACAUUGGUCUACGUCAACCACCACGAUGGGUGGGAAUAAUAUUGACUUACGUCGAGAUUCUGGAUCAUCGACUCAACAUAGCGGGAGUUAUUAUCAUAAUACGGCAUAUUAUGAUGCCAAACAUAAUAUUUACGAUUCAAAAAAUUAUCCACAAACAUAUUCGAUAGAUAUCAUUAAAAAUAAUUACGAAACGAGUAAAAAUUAUUCAAAAAAUAGGUAUAACACGACAAGUAAAAGUAAUAGUUUUGAGACAAAACCGAAUGUACAUACAAGUUACAGUACGCAAGAAACACCUCGUAGUGCUGGUUACUAUGAUAAAAAUUCACCAUCGUCGUUUCAUGAACAACAAUCCGAUAACAUUUAUAAUCGUAACAAUUAUUUUUGUCGUAUUACAAAACAUGGAUAUCCGUUAACAAUGUCAAUUGCACGGACUGAAAUAGUACAAACAUCAAAUGAUCAAAAAAUAAUCACACAAAAAACUCGAAUUACAUCAUCAUCAUCAUCGAAUCAAAAAUCACGACAACAAGAUCGUGGUCCUAUAUCACCUCCGCCACCACCAGUGUUAUUUGAAUCACAUGAUAAUACUGGUGAAAUAAUCUUACCUCCACCAAUUGAAUGUUGUGAUAAUUACUCUCAAGAUAAUACCUCAUUUAUGGAUACAAUAAUACCACCGCCCGUAUUCGAAAUGGAAAAUGAAAUGUAUGAGAAUUUAGAAAUAAAACAUGUGCCAGAAAAGUAUAAGGAUACACGUAUUAUACAUGAUAAUGUGAGUGAAUCUAGUUUUCAUGAAAAUGUUGCUCCAGCUGUGCAACAAAAGAAUGUCGUAUAUCGACACUCAACAACAACAACACCACCUGAACGAAGUAGUACAAAUAAUACAUCAAUUAUUAGUACGACUAAAAGUAACAAUACAGAAUGUACAAAUGAUGGACCAAUGAGCUUACCUUUUGAAGAUCCUGAACUGAGUCCUGGUUUAGGUACAUUUAAAAGACAAAAAUGUUUUCGAUAUAAACAAAAAGCGAAUUCUACAAAUAAUGGUCGACCAAUUUUACGUUCAAAAUCUGAUAUUAGUGAUCGUUAUAGGCGUAAUAGUAAAUCACAACCAGGCUUAGUACGAAAAAGUUGUGGUGGUGAGAUUUCAAGAAGUGUUUCACAUUUAGAACAAUUUUUCGAACAAUUAGGCUUGAAUUCGGACGCAUAUGAUAAUUUAUUCAUACGAAGUGGCAGCGAUAGCGAUAGUCCUGUAUACUUUUCGGAUGUAUCAACUGUGGAUUCGAAUCGACCCGUUUCACAAGUUGAUAGUACAGAUGCAGGUUGUACUGCUGAUGGUGUCGGAGGUGUAGGAGGAGGAGUAGGUGUGGCCGGUGGUGCAGGUAAUUUAGGACCAUCAAAUAAUAUUUUUAGGUCAACUGAACAACCUUCAAUCGUUGAACGUAAUGCUCGCAUAAUUAAAUGGUUAUGUAAUUGUCGAAAAGCACAGCUUGCCGUACCUGCUCAAGGUAAGUAAUAGUAAAUAUUGGGUUCGAUAUUUUCUCGUGAUAUUCUCGACACAACGUAUUUUCUAUAAAAAAAAUAUAUA